AUGGACAGUGGGGUAGGAGGCUGGCCUGGGCUGAGCCCCUCCACCGCACAGGAAGCGGGGAAGGAGUGAAGACCCUCUACCCCCCAUCUAGCAAUGCCUUCUCCCCAAGCCUCAUGCUGGGCACGGGGGACCUCGGUCUGCACUCAAGUUACUUACCCUGUAGCAGGGGAAGAAGACAAGGUAGGCGUUGAUGAUACAGAGUGCCAAGUGUCCCACGGUGAGCACAAGGAGUGCACCAAUUUCUUCCUGGCCCAUGACCAGAGCCACCCCCAGCUGGAUGAAUCUUCCUGCAAGGAUAUUGCCAAUGCCUUGUCCCUAGUCAACCUGGUCCUGGGGCUCUUCUCCAUCUUCUGCAGCUUCUACAGGAAACCCCACUGUGCCUCCUGGCUGCUUCUCGUCAGCUUCCUAUUAGACAUGGUAGUUGGGACAAUGACCAGACACCUUGGCAUCUGCUCCAAAUCAGGAGCUGAGCUGAAUGACUUUGCUGUCUUCACCACCUUUGGCCUGGCCUCAGCCCUGCUCCUAGGCGUGACUGGGCCUUUCAGUGGACUCCUGGCCAUCUUGUAUGUGCUAGCUACUUCUUUCCGUCUGUGCUUUUUUGCAACUGGAGUUUCCUUCAUAUACAAGGGUCUACCCUGCCCCUAUGCUUCCUGUGUUUUGGCCUCAACCUCCCUUCUGACCAAAGGCAACACAUUCAUUCUAUGCUGCGUGGCCUCGCUCAUGAUUCUGUUCAUGAUGGACCAGACCUACUAUCCCCAUGAAGAAAUCUUGGAGUCUGAGAACUGGAAAAAAGUGGUUUAUCUGGGGGGUGUCAUCAUGCUGUUUUUGUCUCCAUUCUCUCUGACUCCUUUUUACUGCCUGAUGUGGUCCGUCUCCUACAUCUUCUUUCCAGAUUCUCUGUGGGGAAAGACAACCUGUCUUAGGCCACAGCACCAAGGGAACUAA